CCCCUCUGAGAGGUGGCCUGACUGGGAUCACACAGGUCUUCAGUGCAAGGAAUAAAAAUUCCUUGUUAUUCACGCAUAAGUCACUUACAUCGUUUGAACACCCUACGGGAUUGUCGCUGAAUUGGUUAUUUGAAUAUUCUAUGUUAAGGAGCCAACUUUCCUUUUUCUAGUCGAUGUUUAUUAAGUCCAUGCUCAGCAAUAACUGAUUUUUGUCUAAAAGUAGAGUAGUAGACUCUAGUUUUCCCAAAUUUCCUAGGUUUCAGCCCAAACCUGCUGAAUCAAGGUUUCCAGGAGGGAGGCCUGGUUAUCUGAAUCUUGAACAAGUGCCCCAGGUGGUUCUUAUCCAGCAAAUUUGGGACACAGUGGACCAGGUGUUGCUCUUCGGAGUGGUUGGUGGCCAGGCCAUAUCCGCCUCAUCUGCGAGGGAGCAGUCGAGACGGGCAGCGUUUCUGGCCCCAGCUGAGGCCUGUCGCCUCGGAAUGUGCGUUUUAACGAGGUCCCCGGGUGAUUUGAGUGCACAUUCACAGUUGAGCUCUGGAGGGGACUACGAUGACAGUAACAUUUGGUGCUGACGUGGCUAUCUGUGAUGGCCUUUGUGUUAUGAUGACAAUACUUUUAUUAUUCACCUUGUAUAGAUGGGGACCCCCAGCUCCAGAGGCCCAGGGAGCCCCCUGGUGGCAGAGCAGGCAUUCAGUGUCACCAGCCGGUGUCACUCGGCAGAGCUCCUGACCUGCUCCUUCCCAGACUGUUUGGUGACCUCCUCUUGGAGACCCAGCACAGGCCACUGUCUGGAUUUCGGUCUGAGCUUGGUGGACUGAUAGAUCGACGUCACCUCUGAAAACUAAUUCGAUGUGGGACGUCUGUGGUUGGCUCACUUAUUUGGCAUUUGUUUCUAAGGUUUUCAGAAAGGGAUAUGAGGCGCCUGUCCUAAGCUCCAGAGAGCUGCCUUCCACGGAGCCCAGCAGAGGAGCAGACGAACAUGAAGUCCAAUCCUGCCAUCCAGGCUGCCAUUGACCUCACGGCAGGGGCCGCAGGUAAUCCCAGAGAAGACCCGUCCCCUCCUCCCAGUACCUUCUACAGGGGGCACAGCCUGCGUCCUGACUGGGCAGCCCUUCGACACCAUGAAAGUGAAGAUGCAGACGUUCCCUGGCCUGUACAGGGGCCUGACCGACUGCUGCCUGAAGACCUACUCCCAGGUGGGCUUCCGGGGCUUCUACAGGGGGACCAGCCCGGCGCUGAUUGCCAACGUCGCCGAGAACUCGGUCCUCUUCAUGUGCUACGGCUUCUGCCAGCAGGUGGUGCGGAAAGUGGUUGGAUUGGACAAGCAGGCAAGGCUGAGGUCUUCCGCAUGGUGAGUGCUGCCCGAAUGGGUAACCGGGCAGGUCAUUGGUCUCCUAUGCUGUGUCCUUUCAGUGAUCUGCAGAAUGCAGCCGCCGGGUCCUUCGCCUCCGCAUUCGCUGCCCUGGUGCUCUGCCCCACUGAGCUGGUGAAGUGCCGGCUACAGGCCAUGUAUGAAAUGGAGACGUCGGGAAAGAUAGCCAAAAGCCAGAAUACAGUGUGGUCUGUUGUGAAGAGCAUCCUUAGAAAGGAUGGCCCCUUGGGCUUCUACCAUGGACUCUCGAGCACUUUACUUCGAGAAGUACCCGGCUAUUUCUUCUUCUUCGGCGGCUAUGAACUGAGCCGAUCGUUUUUUGCAUCCGGGAGAUCAAAAGAUGACCUAGGCCCUGUCUCUUUGAUGUUAAGUGGCGGCAUUGGUGGAAUCUGCCUCUGGCUUGCUGUAUACCCAGUGGAUUGUGUAAAAUCCAGAAUUCAAGUUCUUUCCAUGUCUGGGAAACAGGCAGGAUUUCUCGGAACCUUUAUAGGUGUUGUGAGAAGUGAAGGAAUAAUGGCCUUAUAUUCUGGCCUGAAACCUACCAUGAUCCGAGCGUUCCCUGCCAACGGGGCACUGUUUUUGGCCUAUGAACACAGCAGGAGGUUAAUGAUGAGCCAGUUGGAAGCUCACUGAAGUGUUCUGGUGAACCUGGAUCCGAGUGCAGGCAUUUGAGGACUACGUUCAUCUCAGGGUUUCCUGGAGCACAGGACCAGUGUGGAAAUACUUUGAUUUUGUGGGAAUUUUGUUUUGUCUUCCCUUCUUCUGCUUUAAAUCCUAAGCUUUAUAGAAGGAGCCCUAUUUUAC